ACUCCUGUCUGUCUGUAGUUCAAAGGUUUGCAUCAAUGGCAGAGAAGGCCAGAAGCUUCGAAAACUGAGUCUUGAGACUGAGUUCUUGACAUAGAGUGAGGUUUGCAACAGUUCGUUGGCCUAGCCUAAGUCUAAUCUAGUGUUAGUGUUAGUUAUCUUUCGAACUCAUUUUAUUCUCAUUCAAAUUACCUAAUCUAGAUUCUAGAAUCUAUAAGAAUCCGUUAGACUUGUCAUGGCAGAUCGGCUGAACACUGUGUUUGGGCACUUGAGAAAUCAGACAGUGAAGUCUGAACUUGAGGUACGAAACACGGCAGCUCUUCCCAACUGGCUCAACAAACCUGAUGACAUCGUGAUUGUUGCUGCAAGACGAACCCCUAUUGCAAAAGCUAAACGUGGGUCCUUCAAGGACACUUUGAACGAUGACCUGUUGGCAGCUGUAUUUAAAGCUGUAAUUAGUGACAGCAAAAUCAACCCAGAAGAUAUUGGUGACAUUUGUGUUGGGUGUGUUCUUGAUAAACAGGCUGCCACUGUAGCUCGACUAGCGCAGUUCUACAGUGGAAUCCCUGAAGAUGUGCCUGUUUAUUCUACAAACCGACAGUGCAGCUCUGGUUUGCAGGCUGUCAUGAAUGUUGCGGGAAACAUCAGGAAUGGUGCUUAUUCUAUUGGACUGGCAGGAGGGGUGGAGUCCAUGACUCGACAGUACGGGUCAUCAGCUGCAGGCUUUGAAGUGAACCCUAGAGUAGGAGACCUGCAAGUUACUCAAGACGUCCUUCUGCCUAUGGGGAUCACAUCCGAGAAUGUGGCCGCAAAAUAUGGAGUCACACGCAAAGAGCAAGAUGAAUUUGCUUUGCUUUCCCAGCAGAAGGCAAUGCAAGCAGCCAAGCAAGGCUUGUUUGAUGCUGAAAUUAUCCCAGUAACGACAACAGUCACAGACAAGAAUGGUGAUGAAAGAACAGUAACUGUGUCAAAAGACGAAGGAAUCAGACCGACAACAAUUGAAGGCUUGACUAAACUGAAACCUGCCUUCAAGGAAAAUGGAACUACUACUGCUGGCAAUUCCAGCCAGGUGAGUGACGGGGCAGCAGCUGUGCUGGUGAUGACACGACAGGAAGCUGCCCGGCGAUCACUGCCCAUUCUUGGGGUAAUACGUUCCUAUGCUGUGAAGGGUUGCCCACCAGAUGUUAUGGGAAUUGGACCAGCUGUUGCCAUUCCUUUGGCCUUGGAGAAAGCUGGGCUCACCGUCAACGAUAUUGACAUUUAUGAAAUCAAUGAAGCAUUUGCAAGCCAAGCAGUGUACUGUGUGAAGAAGCUGGGAAUCCCCAUAGAGAGGGUAAACCCGAAAGGUGGCGCCAUUGCCUUGGGACACCCGCUUGGCUGCACAGGCGCCCGGCAGUUCAGCACACUUCUCCAUGAACUCAAACGAAGGGGGAAAAGAUCAUGUGGUGUCAUUUCAAUGUGUAUGGGAACUGGCAUGGGGGCGGCUGCUGUGCUCGAAUACCCAGGCCAAGCAUGAGGUCAUCCUUUGACUUACUGGAACACAAGGAGGCUGGAAGAAUGUGUUACAUCGUCUGCUGGCUGUGAGAAGUAGACCAGUCCUUCCAUUGUGUGAUCUGGGCAAAGAACAUUUUUAUACUUGUUGAUCAUAAUGAAGAAACAUUUUUUGUUGUUUCAAGAUUUAUAAAAGACAAGAGAAUAAUUAUUCAGUCAAAUUUGAAUUGAGUAUGCAAAAAAGUGGAGCUUUUUCUGAAUGUAAGGCCUACCACAAACAAUGUGUAAAUAUGAAUUUAUUUGUUUUUUGGUCUUAACUGAUUCAGCCCGCAAUUAAUUUUGACUCCAGACGCAAAUAAUUUGUGACCGCUUCGUAACCUCACGAGUGGUCUCACAAAAUAUUAAUAAAGAAAUAUCUAAAUUUGCUAGAACCCUAUGUGUGGCAUACAGAAAUGUUCAGAAUACAAAAUACUAAUCAAUGAAACCAGAAAAAUGGGUUGAAAUGUAAGCAUUUGGGAAUCAAGGCAAGGAGAAACUGAUACGAAGAAAAGGGAGCAACAGGAGACGAUCAGCCACUGUGAGCAGUGCUGCAGGCUGAAUCAGUUAAGAGUGUAUAUUAUAUCGGGAUUUACAAUGUCAUCCGUUGUGUUAUGCCUAUCGUUGAAACUAUUUAAGUCCGUUGUUGUGUUUCUACACGGGUGAUCAUGUUUGUCAGUUUGUCAGUUGUUUUUUUUAGCUUCAUUGAACAAGUCAAUCUAUUUUUUUCAAUGCAUAUUUCAAAUAAUAAGACUCCACAAGUUGAUAGAUGAUAUUUUUUUAUGGCUGUAUGACAUUCCAAUGCGUUGUUGUAUUGCAGCAACUUUGUCACGUUACACAAGGUUUUUUUAAAUUGAAGCUAAAACGGUCAAGAAAUAUUUGCAAUGCAAUAACCCAUCAAGAACUUCUUCCCUUGGUACUGCCUUUCGGUUCACCAAGUCUUAUAUGUACAUGUACAUGCAUAUUCAGGAUGCUUAAUACAGCAAGCAGUUUCUAGUUAUUUUAUUAAUAUAAUAUAUACUGCCAACUGCUUUUUCACGUUUUGCUUUCUACUGUAUGUUCCCAAUUUUGUACACAUGGGUAACGUAAUUGGCCAUUACGAAGCUAAGUUUGGGAAGAACAGAUUUUUUAGCUGUGUGUUGGAGUUUUAUAAUUUUUGUAACACAUAAGCAGACACUGCAAACUAUGUCACUUUGAUGACUCAUGAGGGCAUGUCCCCUAAUAAAGAUACUUGGAAUAAAUCUGUAGAAUGCUGCAGAAUUAUUGACA